AUGAACGCGCCAGCAAGAAAUACGUGGCGAGGCCUGCACUGGUGUGCAAAGAGACGGCCGCUGGUGCCCCAAACUCCUUACAGGUGCUUUUCCUGCUCUGUUCGCCUAUGGGCUCCAGGGCAGCCAGCCGAUGAGCGUAAGACGCAUUUUGGCUUCGAGACAGUGCGGGAGUCCGAGAAGGAAUCUAGAGUCGGUGCUGUGUUCAGCUCCGUAGCUAGCUCCUACGACACGAUGAACGACUUCAUGUCACUCGGCAUUCACAGACUGUGGAAGGACUAUUUUGUACGGUCAUUGAAUCCUGGCCGUCAGUACGCGCGUGAGAGCCCCGGCAAAAGCGGCAGCAGUGAGGUCGCCCACCAAGGGUGGAAUAUACUUGACGUUGCUGGCGGGACGGGAGACAUUGCAUUCCGCAUGCUUGACCAUGCCACAAACAUCAAGCAUGAUCAAUACACCCGGGUCACGGUUGCUGAUAUCAACCCGGACAUGCUAACGGAGGGGAAAAAGCGGAGCCUCGAUACGCCAUAUUAUAACUCCGAUAGGCUGUCUUUCAUGCAAGGCAAUGCAGAGUCGAUGCCCUCCAUCCCAUCCAACUCAGUUGACCUCUACACCGUCGCAUUUGGCAUCCGUAAUUUCACCAAUAAGCAGGCCGCGUUGGAGGAGGCCUACCGCAUCCUCAAGCCUGGGGGUGUCUUUGCUUGUAUGGAGUUCAGCAAGGUGACAGUUGGCGCGUUCGAUGAGGUAUACAAACGAUGGAGCUUUGGUGCUAUCCCGUUGAUUGGGCAGCUCGUGGCCGGAGACCGUGCCAGCUAUCAGUAUCUCGUUGAGAGCAUCGAAAGGUUCCCUAGCCAGGAAGAGUUCCGCGGUAUGAUCCGCAAAGCUGGCUUCCUCACACCGGGCGAAGGCUACGAGAACCUGUCAUUGGGAAUUGCAGCAAUUCAUAAAGGAGUCAAGCCCUUGAAGUGA